AUGUCCGUCACACUACACACUACCAAGGGCGAUAUCAAACUCGAGAUCUUCUGCGAACCCGUCCCCAAGACGGCCGAGAACUUCCUCGCCCUCUGCGCCUCUGGCUUUUACAAUGCCUCGCGCUUCCACCGCCUGAUUCCUUCCUUCAUGGUCCAGACUGGCGCCCCCGCUUCGGACCCAAAGUCCAAGACGUCCACAUCCAUCUACGACACCCCUAACCAGCUGUUUGACGACGAGAUCAGGCCUGCGCUAAGACACAAUGCGCGCGGAAUUGUGAGCAUGGCGAACAAGGGGGCAAACUCCAACGGCUCCCAGUUCUUCAUCACCUUUGCCCCUGCCCCGCAUCUGGAUGGGAAAAACACCGUCUUUGGCAAGGUACUGGAGGGAUGGGAGGUGCUGGACGACAUUGAGCACGUCCCCGUGGACAAGAAGUCGCGUCCCCAAGAGCGCAUUGAGAUCAAGAACGUGACCAUUCAUGCAAACCCUCUGGCUGGCUGA